AUGCCUCUCAAAGUCCUCCCGGCCAACGAGGCCGAUGCUCCCCGGGCCGUUGCCAUCGAAGAUAUUGCAUACGGACCACACCCUUUGGGCCGCGUGCUCUUCCCCUAUCCUAGUUCCUCUGGGGGCACCAACAGGGUGGCCGACUUGAUCGAACGGCUACACAAGAAUCCUGCCUGCCGAUGGGCCAAAGUUGUCGAUACCGACCUUGAGGGAGAGAACAUGAUUGCUUUUGCAAUGUGGUACAUCUGGGAGACUCCUCCAAAGGCUUCUGAUUUCUCUUCUUAUCGAGGUCCUAGGUGUAACCCAGAGGCUUGCGAGGCCUACCUAGGUGGUAUGGAUCGGAUGCGCUUGGAACUCAUGAACGACAAACCACAUGCCUAUCUAAAACUACUGCAUACUGAUCCGGCACAUCAAAGACGCGGCGCUGCCUCCAUGUUGGUGCAGUGGGGACUGAACGAGGCUGAUCGUUUAGGCAUCCCGGCCGUUCUUGAGUCUUCUGACGAGGGUCUUGGGCUUUACGAGAAGCUUGGGUUUAAAGAGGCCAGAAGACUUGUAGUUGAUCUUACGCCCUGGGGAGGGCCUUCAGAUGCCUCGGCCCCAAUAAUGUUUCGUCCUGUGGGAGGGCAUGAGUGA